GCCACCCGGACGCGCGAUUCAAGCAAGCAGACAAGUAGAGGAGCAACUACAUCUGCUGCCAAUUACUGUCAGGACGACUCAAUGCCCUCGACGCUGAAGGUCUCCCUCGCUUGCCUUUACACAUCUACGGUGUGUUGAUUGUAUCCUUCUCCAUCUACGCCGCCGCAUAACACAUCCCGUCUGCCUCCUCGAUUUAUUGCUACGCUACCCCUCUUCCUCUUGCCUGUGAUAUCAUGGCCGACGAGGCUCCCACGGCAGAUGCCUCCCCCAUCACUUUCAACGUAAAGGCUUCCAACGACGCGAAAUAUACUCUCACACUGCCCGAGUCGACUAGUGUCGCCGAGCUUAAAUCCAAGUUGUCCAGCAGCGAGUACGCCGAUACCCCAGCCGAUCGCCAGCGGUUGAUCUACUCUGGAAGAGUUCUCAAAGACAACGAAACCUUAUCAACUUAUAAAAUCAAGGAUGGGCAUACCAUUCACUUAGUCAAGAGUGCAGCUAGCAACCAACGAUCAAAUCCAGCUGCCCAGAGCUCUACCCCAGCCCCUGGCACAACAGCAACUCCAUCGGUGCCUGGAGUUCCGUCAAAUCUUGCUGCCGGCACGGGAAACAACCCCCUAGCUGGCUUGACAGGUGCGCGAUAUGCGGGGUUUGCCCAGCUGCCAGGAGCGGGGAUGUUUGGGCCAGAUGGUGGUAUGGGUCCGCCACCCGACCCAGAUGCCAUGCUCAGUAUGCUUGAAAACCCCCAGGUUCAGGCCUCUAUGAACGAAGCUCUUCAGAACCCUGCUCUUAUAGACAUGAUGAUACAGCAAAAUCCAAUGCUCCGAGAAAUGGGCCCGGGCGUUCGUCAAAUGAUGCAAAGCCCCGAGUUUCGAAGGAUGCUCACAGAUCCGGCUACUAUUCGCCAGAUGGCACAAAUGCAACGGGCAUUUGGCGGUGCUGGUGGUAUGGGCGGAUUAGGUGGUAUGGGCCUUGGUGGCGCUGGUAAUUCGGCCUUUCCGGCUCCCGGUGUCACCAACACCACUCCGGAGGAGAAUCGUGGUCAGCAACAACCAGGCGCCGGCCAACUUGGUGAUGCAGGCUCUACUCCCGUGCAUCCUUUUGGAGUGGCAGGAAACCCAUUUGCUGGUCUCCUUGGGGUGAACCCACCUUCUACGACACCAUCAACAGGCGCACAACAAACUGCGCCCCCUAGUGGACAAGCUACAACAGAUUCAUCUACACAGAACCAACAAGCCCAGAAUCCCUUUGCAGCCCUCUUCAACCCUGCGUUGUUUGGAGCACCACCCACAGGUACCGGAGAUGCAAAUGCCGCCACACAACCAGGGAACUUGAACCCAUUCAACCCGCAGAACAACCCACUUCUCCGGGACCCUGCUUUGUUGUCAAACUUCAUGCAAGCUAUGGGAGGUGGUCAGGCCGGUGGGAACGGCGCUGCAGUGAAUCCGUGGGCUUCUAUGUUCGGUGCUCCACCUGCGGCGCCCCCGGACAAUCGGCCUCCUGAGGAGCGAUACGCUGAACAGUUGCGUCAAUUGAACGACAUGGGGUUCUAUGAAUUCGAACGAAACAUCGAGGCGCUGCGAAGAACUGGAGGCAGUGUCCAAGGGGCUGUGGAGUAUCUUCUAAAUAACCCGUCGUAAUGAAGAAUAUGGUUAUCGAGCGCUAGAUCAUUCCCUGUACCUGAGCUGAUUCGUCGUUGAUGGCGAGCAGCUUAUCCCAUACCUUUCUUCUUUUCUUUCCCAUGAUGUCCUAAGCAUUAUAUCAGCUGAUUACCUUGUGUUAUGAAUAAGAAGUCGACUGUGGCACUUCUAUGAGCAGCACGGCCUUGUAUCUUCAUGCUAGACUUUGACAAAUUCAGAUUUAUUAUUAUUAUCGA